AUGCCACGCCCAUUCUAUCGAACCCCACCAUUAUUCCUUUCUAUCUAUAUAUCUAUCAAUCGAGCAACUUCUUUCAUUAUCUAUCUAUCUAUACUUCUAUCUAUCUAUCUACCUUUGUUCAUUAUCUAUCUAUCUAUCUAUCGACAAUAUCUAAUCUCCUUAUCUAGGAUAUCAAAUAUCAAUAUCUAUCUAUCUAUCUAUCUAUCUAUCUAUCUAUCUAUCAGUCUGUUCAUUCUAUAUCUAUCUAUCUAUCUAUCUAUCUAUCUAUCUCAUGUUGAUAAUUCAUCUAUCUCAUCUGUUUAUAUUCUAUCUAUCUAUCUAUCUAUCUAUCUAUCUAUCUAUCUAUCUCAUUCUGUUUAUAUUCUAUCUAUCUAUCUAUCUAUCUAUCUAUCUAUCUAUCUCAUUCUGUUUAUAUUCUAUCUAUCUAUCUAUCUAUCUAUCUAUCUAUCUAUCUAUCUAUCUAUCUAUCUCACUGUUCAUAUCUAUCUAUCUAUCUUAUCUAUCUAUCUAUCUAUCUAUCUAUCUAUCUAUCUAUCUAUUUAUCUAUCUAUAUCUAUCUAUCUGUUCUAUCUAUCUAUCUAUCUAUCUAUCUAUCUAUCUCAUUCUGUUCAUAUUCUAUCUAUCUAUCUAUCUAUCUAUCUAUCUAUCUAUCUGAUUUUUCUAUCUAUCUAUCUAUCUAUCUAUCUAUCUAUCUAUCUAUCUAUUUUCAUUAUCUAUCUAUCUAUCUAUCUAUCUAUCUAUCUAUUAUCUAUACUAUAUCUGAGAUCCAUCAUUCUAUCUAUCUAUCUAUGGUAUCUGUGUUGUAGACAGGGAUGUGACGGACAUCCAUUGACGAUCAAUUUUCAUGUGGUUAUCAUUUCUUAUCUCAUUUUAUUUAUUUUUCAUUCUAUCUAUAGAAUCUAUCACCUAUUUAUCUAUGAGACAGAAUCUAUUCACUUGUUCGUUCGGCCUUUGCUAUCUGAAUAUUCUAUCUUUCUAUCUAUGGAAUCUGAACUAUUAAUUCCUCCAUCAUCCAUCUAUCUAUCUAUCUAUCUAUCUAUUUAUCUGAUCCAUCUUAAUUACAAUCAGGAAGUGGCCUAUCAUCUAUCUAUCUAUCUCGGAAUCUAG